UAACGCUUGCUUCGAGUUUAAAAGCAGAUAGGACUGGACAAAUGGACGAAUUGAGGCUCAAAGUGAUGGUGUGGAGUGGAAUCUACAAGUUACACACAAAAAAUCGCUUUCUGGGUAUAUGCCACGAUGUGUACAGAGUUAUAAUGAUAUUGUACAUAUCGAUAUACACUGUCCAACAUUUAGUUUUCUUUUGUAUGAAUUUUAUACGUGGGGACACGAUUGAAUGGCAAGCGGGCAUAACCUUUCUAACAAUGCUAAUUAUGGUUGUUAAAGUAAUCACGAUUUACACGCACCCUGAGAACAUAGAUGAAAUACAUGAUUUAAUCAAAGAUCCUAUGUUUGCUGCAAAUUGUGAAGAAGAUGAAAAUGUUAUCAAGAAAAAUGAAUGUCACAUUGGUUUGUUUAUAAAAAUCACGUACAUAUCACUGUCGGUUGUUUUGGUUUUGUGGGUGGCUUUAUUUAUUGUCACCAGAGUUCUCGAUGAAACUGUUAUACCACCAUCAUAUUUCCCGUUUGAUACUAAUCCAUGGCCGCAGUACCUAAUCGCUACAUUUGUGGAAACUGUGGGAUCCGCGCUCUGGGUUGGAUUCGGGCACUUGAGUAUAGACUGCAGUGUAGGGUGCUACUACGCCCGCGCUACAGCUCAGCUGAGAAUUAUAAGAUACCACUUGGAGCAUUUGUUUGACAACAAUGGAUCUCAGCGUCAUUUCCAAUAUAAGGAUGUUCUAGACAGAAGCUUAGACGAGAAAUUCGUUUCCUAUGUUCGACGCUAUCAAAAUGUCAAUCGGUUAGUUGGUAACGUGAAUGAUACCUUCAAAUGGGGUAUAGCAUUCCAUUUCCUAACCGUGACAACGUGCAUCACUUUGUGCGUCUACAAAAUGAGUACUAAUGACAUCUUCUCAUUGGAUGUAGCUUUAAUGUCUAGCGCGUUUUGCCUUUAUCAAAUACAAAAUUAUAUGUACUGUUUUUGUGGAGACUUAGUCAAAAGCGAGAGCGAUCAGGUGUGCACGUCAAUGUACUUCAGUGAUUGGACAGUAGUGUCGCCGCGGUUCCGGCGUAUGAUGCUGAUAGCAAUGACUCGCUGGGCGCGUCCGAUCGAGCCAAGUGUGACCAUUGUACCCAUCUCGCUUACUACAUUCGCGUCGAUUUUACGUUUCUCAUACACAUUGUACACCAUGAUGAAAACUAGAACGAUGUAGAAAUUGAAAUUCUUAAUUAGUAUUUGCACUCUUAAUUUUCCUGAUCUAUGAUAAUGUAAUCCAUGUUUUACAUUAGAUACCAUGUUGUUUUUCAUUCAUUUUAUAAAUUAUAAGACACAUACAAUAAUACUGAAUCUCCAUCAUAACAUUCUCGCAAAAAUGCAUUCAUUUACACAUCUUUUAUUUUCUGUUCCUGUUUACUCACACUUGAAAAGCAAUAAUCUAUGUAACAAAUAUUUGUAAAAACUUUUUUGCAAAUGUUAGGUUUAAAUUUAGUAAUUCUUUAAUGUGUACUUAAUAAC